CUGAUUGAAAUGACAAGUGACAGAACACAAAACAUAACCUGGAAACGUAGACGCCGAUUGAUCAAAAUCCAACAGUCGACAAAAAAGAAUCGAAUUGCAAUGGCAGUUCGAACGUUUGGCGAAAAACCCAUAACAUUUCAACUAGAAGAGAAUGGCGAGUAUUACUGUGUGGGAUCCGAAGUCGGCAACUAUCUACGCCUCUUCAGGGGGUCACUCUACAAGAAGUACCCUGGCAUGUUCAGACGCUCGAUCACCAACGAGGAACGAAAACGCUUAAUCGAACUAGGGUUAAGUCAGCACGUUUUGGCCAGUAGCGUAUCUUUACUUCGGGCUGCAGAAGUCGAAGAUAUCAUUGAAGGCAACGAUGAAAAGUACAAAGCAGUGUCCGUGCAUACCUCAGACCCCCCAAUGCCGCGUGAAAGCAAGUCAAAAAAGUCAAUGCAAUGGGUACCAUCUUUACCUAACUCGAGUCAUUUAGAUGCUGUACCACAAGCAACCCCCAUUAAUAGAAACCGCGUAGCUGCGAAGAAAGUGCGCACUUUUCCACUGUGUUUUGACGACACAGAUCCAGACCUUAAUGCCCAAAAUGCUUGCCAAGGUGAACUGCUGGUCCCAAUCAGACUAGAUAUGGAAAUUGAGGGGCAGAAGUUGAGAGACACUUUCACCUGGAAUAAAAACGAGAGUUUGAUCACCCCAGAACAAUUUGCUGAAGUUUUGUGUGAUGACCUGGAUCUGAACCCUCUAACUUUUGUGCCAGCAAUUGCCCAAGCUAUCAAACAGCAGUUGGACGCGUUUCCUGCUGAGCCUUCUGGAAUUAUAGAGGAUGGGUCUGAUCAAAGGGUUAUUAUCAAGUUAAAUAUUCAUGUUGGCAACACUUCUUUGGUUGAUCAGGUGGAGUGGGACAUGUCUGAGAAGCAAAACAAUCCAGAAGAGUUUGCUCUUACUCUAUGUUCCGAGCUUGGUUUGGGUGGCGAGUUUGUGACGGCAAUUGCUUACUCAAUACGGGGACAACUAUCCUGGCACCAAAGAACCUACGCUUACAGUGAAGCCCCUUUACCUACCGUGGAAGUUCCAUUCAGAACACCCAGCGAAAGCGACCAGUGGGCCCCAUUCCUGGAAACUUUAACCGACGCCGAAAUGGAAAAGAAAAUCAGAGAUCAAGACAGAAACACCAGAAGGAUCCGAAGAUUGGCAAAUACUACUCCCGGCUGGUAAAUUUCAACCAGGUUGGUAGUAUUCAUGUUAGAGUGAAAGCAUAAACCAAUAAAUGCAUUUUAUAUUUAUGAUAAAACAUAACGAGAUAAAAUCUAGAACAAAAACCAUAUACAAUUGGGAAUGUACAGACCAAUAUCAAAAAUAAAUAGCAAAAUAAUUUA